GCUGAAAAGAUAUCUACUGCAUCAUCUUCUGAAUUAAUCAAACUUUCUUCCUCUAUAGAGACUUCUAACAUUUCGCGCAAAAACAAGAUCUGAUGGGCCUCAUUGGCCUCCAUUUUGAAUAUUCGCGGGAGAUUCAGAGAAGUGGCAGAGAGGGGCCUGUGAACGAAUGGGACUUGUGACAAAUGGAACGCGCUUUUCCCAAACGGAAAUUCCCAAUAGAAAUUUUCCGAAGAGUUUUGUAAAUGUAAAACGCCCCGAGUCUUGUCUUGAAUUUUCUACUCUUCAAUUUUAAGAACGGACUAUUGAAAUGAGUAAUGAAAUCAAAUUUCCGAUAAAAUGAACUCAUUCAUUCACCCUUGGCGGGAACGCUUGAGCUGUUUUGACUGUAAAUGCCUCAUGUUUUUGUGACCGGCAUAAAUCAAUAAAUCUACGGUAUCUACGUUUUUUAUAUUUAACUGACAAAAAAUUUUCGGCUACAUGUACCAUCACUCAUAUGUACCGGGAUCGAGAGGUUAGCGCGCCCAUGAUCUUUUGAAAAGAUUUAUUUCCUGAAGAACACGCUGUUGUCUUAGACUUACCUUUCUGUCGGCUUCAGACAACUCUCAUUGCAUUGAUGGAUAGUAAAAUGACUUUGGUAAGGGAUCAACUUCGAAUGGGUCAUCCCUACAGUUAUAAACGGAACAGAAAAGAAUUUUAAUACAACUGCAAAAUUCUACCCUUCUAGUAGAGCCGCUUCGAUCUUUCCUGGAUAGAGAAGAGGCUCUGCCAGCAGGGUAGCGAAAUUCAUGAACAACAGCAAAUUUGAUUUCCAUGAGCUUUUAUACUUCACGAUUUUAUAGAAAGGUUUUCGCGAGAUUUCCGCCUUGGAUUCUAUGAAGAAACCAGUUUGUUUUUCAGUGCAGUACUUGCCGCCAUGUUUUGAAUCUCUCAACUUUAUUCUCUUACUGAGUUAUUUCAUAAAAGCGAGGCUCGCCGAGUCUGCAUUCUUGCCCUUGAAAUUUACUCUUGUACAAAUAUUUGUGAAAGGAUUUCGGCUAUAAAGAGAGCUAUAAAAACUUUGCCAAGAUCAGCAAAAACUAUCCGUCAACCCUAGACGAAAUUCAGCUAAAAUUCCGGGUGCUAGACAUGGUCUAAUCAACUUAGGACUCAAAACCCAUUUGUUCUAGAUCAGAGUUUUUAUGGAGUUAAAUAAUUAAUUUUUCGGCCCAAAACUUGCAAGCUGGACUGCUGAAAAUAACUCUCAGACACAAGUCUGAACUCGUUUUCACGCACACAUGCACUGGUGGUAUUUUUAUUACUUCGUAGAAUAUUUUCCAUAUCUGCAUUGUUUACGGAGUUGUCAAUAAGUUGAAACCUGCCCAAAGAGGAAAUAAUUAUAUUUUCCGUGUACACGUGCAUGUACUGUUAAUGAUACCACAGAUGAUGUCAAAACAUUUUCUCUUUUAAAUCGAAUUUUAACUGCUCUGAUUUGAAUUUCAGCCUUUCUUGUGUUAUAUUGCAGGAUUUUUGUCCAUGGAACAUAAUAUUAUUUCUUGAUAGAAGAAGUCGACAAGCGUUGUUUUGAAAUAGCAUACCGUGACUCGCUUCAGACGUACACCCCACACAUAAUGUAAACAACAUUGUCAAUAGUCUGUUACUUUAAUAUUAUUUACCUGCCUAAAGACAACAUCUCUAUGAAGUGCGAAGCUUUCAAGAACUUGAGUACUUUGACAAAAUAUCCUAAGUGUUUUUGGUUUUAAUCCUCCUCUCUGGUUUGUCCUUUGAUCGUCCACGCGAAAAAAAUGCCCAUCGAUUUUAAAUUAACAUUUCAUUGAAUGACGACGCAUUGCAGCUUGUACAGUGCCAAAACAAAUGCAAGACUGGUCUUACUUUAAAUUGUUCACUCAAUUCUCAAUUACAAACAGACCAGCUGUCGUAUUUUCCCGCCAAGUUUUAUUUCCGCUGGAAGCUCGUCCUCGCCGGAGAUACCAUUCAAAUAUGUUCAAAGUGCAGUUUUGGUUUGAAACACGAAGGGAGAAGUCCCAGGGAUUAGUCCCUACGGCAAUUCCCUUACAGCAAGGGACUGACCAAAUUUUGGGUCAGCUGUGAUUAGAUUGGGUAGUCAACACAGUGGGACUUGUCCCAGGGACUUGUUACAGGGAGUAAUUUCGGGGACUUGUCCCUCCCCUCCCCCCCCGUAUGUUCCCUGGUGCAUGCCGACCUUAAAUCCUUAUGAGUACAGCAAAAGAGUGAAAGUGAAGUGAACUGUACAAAAGCGUGGGACAACAUUGUUUCUCACCCUUGAGAGCCGAUUGAAAUUGACAUAACAAAUCAUCCACGGUGUUUCACUUUUCAACAGAUUCAAAUCCCCUUUUUUUUCGGAUCAAAGACAUGACGUGAAUUUGCGAGAGUCACAUCUUCAUUAUUUAUAUUGUAACUUAUUAAGCACAUUUAUAACGAAGGGUCGAGAACACGUUCAAGCUUGUCCAGGCGUAAUGCAUAAUAAGCAGUGUAUACCGGCUGAUGACGUAGUGACGUAACACCUUCAUUUUGGCGCGUUUAUACACAUUCUUAUGCACUUUUAAGUCUAUAAAAACCCGUAUCCAGGGUAAAUUCGACAUAACGAGGAAACUUUUCGACCCAGAGGAGGUUCGAUACCCUUAAACUACGUCAAACGUUUUUCGAUGGAUCCAGGAGCGAGCAAAGCUAGAAAAUGUCUGUUUGGGCGUCCAGACCAUCAACAACUAGAGAGUGAUUUACAGAGAGAGAGAAAUAAGGAUACCCAAGAGAUGAACGAAAAAUAUGACUUCGAUUUUCAGGAAGGAAAACCGUUAAAAGGAACUAAAUACGAAUGGGUUGAAGUAAAUGAGCCUCCGAAAGAGAGUGAGGAGCAACCGAAAAGCAGUGGUGUCAGUGAAACGGGAAACAAGGAAAUAACUAGGAAGAACCCGGUCGAAGAACAAUUACAGGAUCAUAAAACGCCAUCAAAGAAACUCUAAUGAUUCGUACAUUGACGAGGAAUUAAUUGCUGCUCACAAAACCUCAAGACUGGUGCCGAAAUCACGCGAAAGUUUCCGACUUCGAGGUGUUUACCAAAUCACCGGUUUCCGAGAUGUCAAAAUUUAUGCACCCGUGACCUCGUCGUGGUGAAGAUAUUCAACCUGUAGGCAGCAACGGAUGUAUGUGAAUAUCAUACAUUGCUUUUUAAUUUUGUGAUUAUUCACUCAACGAAACUUUAGUGACUCCUCGUAACUUUAAUUCAUACCCGGGGUUUAUUUUAUUUAUUUUUAUGUGUGGAGCUGUGAGCGACAAAUAAGUGCCAAAGCAAAGCAGGAGCGGAACCUUCGCUGAUUUAUUAACUCCUUUCAGUUUCUGUAAAGAGUGUCAAGACCCCGUGACGGCAUGGAAGAACUUUGAUUUGCAUACUUGUACAAAAUAUAGGAACACAUUAUGAGAUUAUAGACUGAACUGUUAACUGUAAAUAUGUACAGCAAUUUAACACGUCUUGAGUCUAGAUGGGCUCCAGGUUGAGCUUAAUAUUUGUCUUAUCUUGUAGAAAUUAAAUUGAGUCAUCAGUGGUCGAUUGUGUCAAGGUGUUAAUUAUUUUUUGAAGAAAUCAUCAAGAUGUUAUCAUUUUCCUCUUCCGGCUAUCGCAGUUGAUUUUUUGCCGUAAUAAAACAUCAUUUAUUAUUGCAUCGCGAAUGACCAGAGUUCCCAAGCGGAAAUGGGGCAAAAAAUAUACUGUUCUGUUUCCUAUCUUAACUCUCUUUAAGUGCCCUUACAGUAAAGGGCUACUCUGGGGUGAUAAUACAUUGAAAGCGGAUUUAUUCCACUGAAAGCGCGAAUGAUUUUAAUUUCCUGUCAAAAAUAUUUAGUCACGCCAGUAGUAGUCACGCUAUUCGUCACGCGACGAACGAGGAGACUUGGAGACUAAGCCUAACGCGCGCAUCAGUCGCGUGUCCUGCAUUGUACGCAGUUUGAAGAAUUGAUCAAAGCUUCUUUUUCGGAAGCGUAAUCUCAAGUUUUCUUUAAAUCGCUACGCUCAGUUGCAGCUGUCAAGGACUCAAGAAAUGAUGAAAAACUGGGCAGUUAUAACAGGUGCAGGGACAGGAAUUGGUGCGGCCUUGGCCAAGGAGUUGUCUUCUCAUAAUUUGCACAUACUUGCUGUAGGACGCAGGCUUCAGCGUUUACUGGAAACCCAACAGUAUGCCCCUGACAACAUUCAUCCGCUUGCUGUUGACAUAGCAACCACUGAAGGUCAGAGGGAAAUACUGGAUUUUAUACCAGAGAGUGACGCAGUAAAAUAUUUGGUACAGAAUGCUGCAGUGGGAGUUCCAUCGCGACUCCAGGAUAUUCAACGCGAUGAAUUUGAAUAUGCAUUUGCAGUAAAUGUUACCGCACCACUCAUGUUAGCUAAAGGGUUUUUUGCAAGGCUUAACAGCAACCAUGGACGGAUAAUUCACUUAGGGACGGGGGUUGCCUCAACGCCGCAGCUUGGUACAAUCACUUAUGGCAUCACCAAGAUGGCCUUUCAAAGACUUUACCAGCAACUUUUGGUUGAAUUUGAGGGAUCGCAAGUUAAAAUUGCCGAAGUUCUCCCCGGAGUGGUUGACACUGAAGGCUUGUGGGAACACAUCAAGUUAGCCAAAGAACAUCAGUUGCCUCAUGUGUCGUACUUUGCCAAAGUUGAAAAGGAAGGAAAAAUUUUCAGCACAGAACUUGCAGCUAAGUUUUUGAAAUUUGUGUUAGUGGACACAGCAGAUGAAGAAUUCUCCAACGUGUGGAACAUCCAUGAUAGCAAACACUGGCAACAUUGGAAAAUGAUUUAAUUAGUGAUUUUGAUGCAGACAGCUAUGCAUUGCAAAAUUACUGUGUUUUCACAACAGUUCCUAACUUGGGAAUGGUACCAUGGAGGAAAAAACUCUUAAAACUAAGGAGACACCACAUGUCAAAGGUAAAAUGUACUGUAGUUCACUAUUAAUACUAGAAAAGAGUGGUAGACAUUGUCCAGAGCAGGAGUGCAGCGUUAGUGUUUAAUUAACAGUGUUUUGGGAGAUAUGGGAGGCAAACUGAAUGAGAUAAAUAGAUAGAAAAUUAAAAGUUAGUGCACUUGACCUCCGAUUGAGUGGUCAAGGUCAAGCCCUGGCUGGGGACUUUGUGUUGUGUUCUUGGGCAAGACACUUAAUUCUCUCAGUGCCUCUCUCCGCCCAGGUGUAUGAAUGGGUACUGGUGAAUUUAAUGUUGGGGGUAACCCUGCAGUGAACUAGCAUGUCCCAUCUAGUGGGGAGUAGGAUACUCCUAGUCAUGCAGGUGAAAAUGGAGAUAAGUGCUGGCCUGAUGGGCCUCUGUGCUUGUAUUCAGACUUUAUAUAAUGUGACUGUCACAGAGUUUUUCUUGGUGAUUUAUCAUCUUUGAGUACUAGAAAAUUCUGCCAUCUCGUCACCCAAGCACUGGUGAACUGAAACCAUUUUGUGCAAAAUUUUUGUUAAAAUUGAGUGUAAAUUUUCAGUGAAAAAUACUGUCUGGAAGAUUACCACUUACCAAACAGUCUCAAUGUGUACUUCACUGUCUUAUGUUUUGCAUGACAAUGUAUUUUGAUUUUAAAUAAAGGGACAAAUGCA